GGAGGCUGAAUAAAAACAAAAAGAUUUGAGCUAAAGAACGACGUCGUUAUAUUCCUCGUUUCCAUUGCAAUGAGAAGCUAUACUCCACGUCCAUAAACCAUAAUCAAUAUAACUGAACCUAAUCAAAUCCAUCUUAAUUCCUAACCACCCUCACUUUCAGACUCACUCUCAUUAUCUUCGUGUGCUCUCAUAUUACAACGAAUCACGAUCUAGGGUUUACUUUGGAUCCAAACGGAAUGUAAACACAUACAUUGCAUUCUCUCUUCGCGCGUUUUUAAAAACUAACAAUAUAUAAAGCCAAUGGGAGUGGUUAUUGACAAUUCCGUUUGGGAACUGAAUCCAUCGAUAUUCAUUUUCAUCUUCGUUUGUUGCUUCUUCUCGAUCUUUCUUUAUCCUCAUGCCUCUAACCUCAACAGAACCUCCACAAUCUUCGAUCAUGGACUCUUUUCAUCGUUUCUUCGUUUCCAACGGAACUUCCUCUUCGUUUAUUCUCUCGCUUCAGUUGUGGAAGGUUUAUGGUCAGUGCUCGGGGAGUUUGAGUUAGCUUCGUAUGGAUUUGGCAGGGAGAAGAUGAUCAUGUCUCUCUGUUACGGUUAUACAACUGCUCUCUUUGCUGCUCCUUUCCUCGGCAUGCUUUCAGAUUUGAUAGGUCACAAGAAAGUUUGUUUGAUCUUUUGCAUCCUACACUUCUUUGUUGGUGUAUGGAAGAAGAUUACACAGCAACCAAGCAUUUUCAUGACUAGCAUAUGUCUCUCUAUGGCCAAUACAAUAUUCUCAUUCAGUUUUGAGGCUUGGAUGGUCACACAACAUGAGAAGCAAGGACACAGACUUGAUUCACUUAAUGACACAUAUUGGUUAAUGACUUUCUUUGAGUCUGCAUGUUUUAUUGCCAGCCAAAUGUUUGCAAAUUGGCUGGUUGGUAAUAAUAUGGAGAAAAAUUUUGCUCCUUCCUCUGCAGUCAUGUUCUUAGCAAUCAUAUGCUUCAUUUUUCUCACCAGAGGAUGGACAGAAGCUCCAACAACAACAUCUUUUAAGGAGUAUAGUCUAUCCUUCUAUGCAUGUAUUUUUGGUGAUAAAAGGAUAUGGCUGUUGACAUGGGCACAAACUUGCCUUCACUUCUCCAUUGGGAUUUUUUGGAUACUUUGGGCACCUACGGUGGUGGCUGACGGCCGAGAAGUGCAAUUAGGAUUGAUAUUUACAUGCUUUUUGGGCUCGCGGAUGCUAGGAAGCACUGUGUUUCCUUGUCUUACUAGUGGACCAUCAUCGCUUAGAAUUGAGGAUUGCCUAGUAUUUGCAUACAUCAUACUGGCUCUUCUCUUGUCUAUUGUAGCCUAUGACUAUCAGGAAAUUGGAGUUCUGGUGACACUUUUUAGCUUGUUUCAUGCUUGUGUUGGCUUCAUUUUACCAUCACUUGCUAGAUUGAGGACCAUGUAUGUACCUAAUGAAUUGCGUGGAGGGAUGAUGGGGCUCUCUCUUGCCCCUGCAAAUGCUGCGAUCCUGCUAUCUGUGGUGCAAGGUGGCUAUUAUCAAACUGUCGGAAAUGCAGCUUUAAUGGCGUUUGGCGCAUUUGGUUUGUUGUUAGCAGCUGGAUGCAUGCAUGCCCUGAAGCAAUGUGGGAAGCAACCGUAUAACAACUGGCAUAAGCAGUGAAUGUAUAUAUAUACCCCUUUUACAGGAUUUGGUAGUGGCAGAUGUCAGUCUCUCUCGUUGUACGCUCUGGGGAGUAAGAAGAUUAAUAACUUAGAUGAUAAAAUGCUGGCAAUAGGAAAAAGAAGUCAGAGAAACACAUCAACUACUAUUGAAUGCUGAAAUGGACUGAGAUGGGGGUACCUUCUGUAAGGAGACUGAACAUCGAAACAUCACAGUUUAAUUAAUUCUUUCAAUUCCAGUCUAUGAUACCGAGUUCUCUUCUAAUCCUAGUAUGUCUGUCUGCCUUUUCAAGUUAUGGGGGACUAAUGAGCUUAUAAUUCUGCCUAUAUUUGUAGCUUGCAUGCUUUGCUGCUUGUGUUUCUUAUGGAGGAUAUAAUUAACUGAGCAAGCAUCUGAAGCUUCCAUUACAAUCUGUAUACGGAGGUACAUACCAGUUUCUCUGGAAAUGCACAUGAAGAUCACAAGGUGAAAUUUGAAUCUUAUCGUUUAGGCUUUGUUAGCGUCAGUAAUGUGUUAUGGGCUGGGAUUGUUAAUUAUAUACAGAACUUAGUGUAAUAGUAUAACCCACAACACCUAACUAAUCCUAACAUGCUAACAAGUUGUGAGCAAAAAAAGGUUUUUUUAUGAAUCCAUGAUGAUUAGUACUUGCAACCAUGGUAACUGGUAGUGUGAUUUUUCCAUGUUGA